AGUCAAGGGACACUUUUAGUGGAGCAGGAACACGUGGGCCUCGAUUUAAAACCCUUCUUCGGGAUUCGAUUUUCAUUUAUUCCUCAUUACAGUAACCAUCAAGUUUACGACCGUGCUGUCUCUUUCUUUCUUUCUUUUUUUCUUUCUUUCUUUCUGUACACUUUAGGUUAUAUUUAUCCAGGAUAUGGAUAUGUUUAGUAGGUAAACACACAUUCUUCUUGCUCUCUUAUGUGCGGUGUUGGGAAAACUGUGCUCUAAUUCCCCAUCCGAUUGGGGAAAAGCUAUAAAAAGAGAGAGAGAGAGAGAAGAAAAGUCCCAGGAUGACGAGCUCACACACAGGAUGGAAACUCUUCAGGGAGUCGCUGAUUGUGUGCCUUUUUGCCGGCCACGGAGAGGCUCAGUGCAGUGGCUGCGUUGACUACUGCUGCGAUGGAGUGCCUCCUUUCUGCUGCUCAUACUACGCCUAUGUGGGGGACGUACUCUCGGGCACAGCUAUUUCAGGGAUCGUGUUUGGAGUAGUCUUUCUGAUGGGAGCUGUGGCAGCCAUUUUUUUGUGCCUUUGCAUGUGCGUGAAGAAUGGCCGUGGAGCAAGAGUGGGCGUUUUCGACACGUCAUACAUCAACACAGUGACUCGGGGGCAUCCAGGGCCACCACCUCCCUACAGCACUGACUAUGAGAUGUAUCCCCCAGAUCUUCAACCUCCUCCAUAUACCCCAGUGCCUCCCAGAACAGCAAACUACUCCCCACCUCCGCCUUACCCUGGUUACAAUCAAAAAUAAACUUUCCUCAUGGUCACACUUGAGAAGUGGGUUGGAAAAUACUAUUUAUGAUCUACAGAGCUACAGUGGACAGAAUGACAAUGUUACAAAUUUUUAAAAGUUGGCUCGGGUACAUUGGGAGAAAGAAAAAUAACUGAACGUGGACGUCGUGUUGUGCGCGUUCUGUGCAGACUAAUGACCUGCUGCCUUUGUUAAUACAAUUUAUAUAAUGGGGGAUGUGGAUCAUUCCCAGUGUUUGUAUCCAUUGACUUUUUUUUUAAUGGUUUGUUUGUACAUUUGAAUAAAUAUGCAGGUGGUCUGUGGACACUUGGGUUAUUCUUUGACACGGAAGCAAUGUCAUGGGUAAAGCCAUGUCUGGGAUUGUGACUUGAUCUAGUUUAUGAUGAUCCAUCUUGUUCAUUUGCAGGACUUUGUGCUUUCAUCUGUGAAUAGAAACUAGACAAUAUUGAUGUCAAUGGGGAUAAGCCUAUAAAUUCCAUACAGUACAAGGACUGCAGGGAAGUGUUUGCUUGCUGUUUAAGGCUUUAGGCUACUGAUUAGAAGAGUGAACAAGAUCCUUAACCCACAGCUGCUCAGUUGUAUCUUGUCCCGAAUGUAAGUUGCUUUGGAGAAAAACAUCAACCAAAUUAGCAAAAUGUAAAGAAUUGAUUGGGUGUGCUUAUAAAGAGAAUAGACCUUUUGAUACACUCAUUGACUCAUAUAAAUAUACACUAGCUUCAGAAAUAUUGGCAUCCAUGGUAAGAAAAAUGUUUUCGUU